UGAUGAUGAGGAGGAGGAGGAGGAGGAUGAUGAUGAUGAUGGUUUUCUUGCAGGGCGGGCCCUAUCUCAGGCAAGAAGGGCGAUGCCAUGUGUGGGGCCCGGGUCCCCCUCUUGCUCCUGCUCCUGCUCGUGCCCCGAUUGUCCCGCGCACCCGUUCCCUCUGACUGCCAGGUCUCUUCUCCAGGGUGGGCUUCCUGUCGGGGCCGGAACCUACUCCGGGUUCCUCCAGACCUCCCGGAAACACUGGAAGCCUUGGACUUGUCCUACAACAAGAUCCGGCGCGUCUCCGCCGGGGAUUUCGCAGCCCUGACUCGCCUCAAAAGCCUCGAUUUGCGCUACAACGACCUCUCGUACAUCGACGACACCGCCUUCGCGUCCAACUUGUUGUUGGAGCAGUUGGACCUCUUCAACAACUCGUUGUUGACGAUCCCGUCGGAUGCGUUGAAGGACCUCAAGAACCUGAAGGUGUUGUCCAUGUCUAACAACUUGUAUCCCCGCUCGGCCUUGGACGGCGUCUUCAGCGGCUUGGCGAACCUGGAGGAGCUUUCCAUGGGGGGUCCGGCCAUCUCGACGGUCGGCGGCGAGGAUUUCCGAGCAUUGGCGGACAUCCCGUUGAAGAAGUUUGCGCUGAAGACCGCCUCGAGCUUGGCAGAGUACCAACCGGGAGCCUUCGCUACGCUGACGACGGAGUCCUUGUGGUGCGACAUCGCAUUGGACAGCAACCCCAACGCCUUGCCCCGAAUGCUGAGAGAUUUGUGGGGGAAACCUUUGCGCUACUUGCGCUUUCGCAACCUCUUCGAGUUCACCUAUUACACCCAGCUGGCGGACAUCUUUUCCAACUUGCCGGCCGUCGGCGCCCGCGAGCUGGUCUUCUUCCGAGGAAAAUUCAACGAGAACUUGCUCCGUUUGGUCCUACUCAACGUCCAGAAAUCCACAAUCUGGGACCUCUCCUUCAUCGCCAUUGAUUUCGCUCGGUCGCCGCAAUGGGCAAAGCCGGACGUGGGCAUCACUAACUUGACCUUAAGAAGCUUAGUGCUGAAGGACAUCAGCAACCCGGACAUUUUGCGCUUCGAUUGGACCUUCACGUGGUUCGCUGGCGUGAGCUAUUUGUCCAUACUCAACGUCAACUUCAACUUCGUCCCGUGCGACGCCUGGAAGGAGAUGCGCAACGUCGUCAUGCUCAACAUCUCCAACAACCGGCUGCUCGACGAGUACAUCUACAAUGAGGGAUGCUCCUACGAGGUCAUCUUACCCAAAUUGGAAGAGUUCAACGUGAGCUACAACCGAUUGAUCCGCCUCCGAACGGUGUCCAGAUUGACCGCCGCUUGGCCGCGUUUAUCCGUCUUGGAUUUGAGACACAACCAAAUCGGCAACGACAACGGUGGUAGCUCGCCGUGCCGUUGGAGCCCCGCGCUUGUUUGGCUGAGUCUAGCCUACAACGCGGUGACGACGAUGGAAAUAUUCCGGUGUUUGCCCGUCACGUUGCGCUUCCUCGACCUCUCCCACUCGCAACUCGAGCGGCUCGAAAUGAGUUAUUUCGAAGCCGCCGUCGACCUCCGAGAACUUCUUUUGAGCGGCAACAAGCUCAAGUUCAUCCCGACGGCGUGGAAAGGUCCGAGUUUGGAAGUCCUGGCGGUGGACGGCAACUCCUUCGGGGCCAUCGGGCGAGGGUCGUUCGCCAACAUGCCUCGUUUGGCGCAACUCCACGCCGGCAACAAUCCCUAUCAUUGUGAAUGUGAAUUGCACAGUUUCCUCCGGGAGGCUCUAUCGAAGGGGAAGCUGACCAUAACGGACUGGCCGGAGGGCUGGACGUGUUACCACCCCGAACACCUCCUGGACACGCCGGUGGCGGAUUAUGCCCCAUGGGCCACCGAGUGUGACGUCACGCUUGUGGUGGCCAUCGCCGUCUCGCUCACGGCCGCCAUUGUGGGGGCCGUCACAUUACUAUGCUGGCGCUUCGACGUCCCGUGGUACCUGCGGGCCACGUUCCGCAUCGUCCGGUCCAAGUAUCGUUCCGGCCACCCGUCCAGUCAGCCUUCGCGCAACUUCACUUACCACGCCUUCAUCUCCUACAGCUGCUCGGACGCUGACUGGGUGAGGAAAGAGCUGCUGGUGAGGCUGGAGGCCACCCGGCCACCUUACCGGAUCUGUGUCCACGAGCGGGACUUCACUCCUGGCCGCUGGGUCAUCGACAACAUUGUCGAUAGCAUUGAGCGCAGCCGCAAGGUGGUCUUCGUCCUGUCCCGCAGCUUCGUGGACAGCGACUGGUGCAACUACGAACUCUACUUUGCUCACCAGCGGGCCGUGGGGCUGGGUUUCGAGGACGUGGUGCUGGUGGUCAAGGAGGCCGUCGACCCCCGCGCCCUGCCCCGCAAGUUCUGCAAGCUGCGCAAGCUACUCAGCGCCAAGACCUAUCUGGAGUGGCCGGCUGAACCUGGGCGACAGGUCUUCUUCUGGGCACAGCUGGCCGCCGUCCUGGGGAAGGCCGAGAAAAACGUCCACGAGCCAGAGGAAAAGGCCACGACUGGAGACACAGGGGUCAGCCAGCACCUCGAGAUGCCGCCUGUGGACGAAGGGAGUGCCACGGUGGACGCUCCACCCACUUAAGCCAGUCUUAACUUAGGCUUAAUUACUGUUACUUACUUACUUUGGUCCUCUUUGCAGAUUCAAUUACAUUGCUCAUUGGGGCUUUCCAAUGCUAAGCACUGCAUUCUGGGAAAUGUAGUUGAGGGCAGGUCCUUUUGCAUUCUCUGCCACAGGAUCACAGAUUUAUACUACUACUUACUUUAGUCCUCUUUGCAGAUUCACUUAUUUUAUGUAUUAUUAUUACACUGCUCAUUGGGGCUUUCCAAUGCUAAGCACUGCAUUCUGGGAAAUGUAGUUGAGGGCAGGGCCUUUUGCAUUCUCUGCCACAGGAGGCACAGAUUUAUACUAUUACUUACUUUAGUCCUCUUUGCAGAUUCACUUAUUUUAUGUAUUAUUAUUAAACUGCUCAUUGGGGCUUUCCGAUGCUGACCACUGCAUUAUGGGAAAUGUAGUUGAGGGCAGGGCCUUUUGCGUUCUCUGCCACAGGAGGCACAGAUUUAUACUAUUACUUACUUACUUUACUCCUCUUUGCAGAUUCAAUCAUUUUA